AGAGCAGGCGGCUCUUCCGGCAACAAAGAGCCGGGGCAGAGGCCCGGGAUAAAUACUGCGCCCCGGCAGCGGCGCAGCAUUCCCGGAGUCCGACGCGAUACGAGACCCUUCCCAGCGCCUGCGCCCUCUGCGAGUCCAGGGACCCCCGCGCCCACCCCAGACCCACAGUCCUGCACAUCAGUUCCCCACACUUGUCCUAGUCGCCGCCUGAGUUCCCCCAGCAUCUUUCCAGCGCGGCUCAUCCCCAGGGCCAGCCAGGCCGGUCCCCGGCUAUCAAUCCAUCCUGCCCGUGGGUCGCGUCCGCACUUGGUGCCAUGCCGUUCCUUGGGCAGGACUGGCGGUCCCCGGGCCAGAGCUGGGUGAAGACAGCCGACGGCUGGAAGCGCUUCCUGGAUGAAAAAAGCGGCAGCUUCGUGAGCGACCUCAGCAGUUACUGCAGCAAGGAUGUGUACAAUAAGGAGAAUCUUUUCAACAGCCUGAACUAUGAUGUUGCAGCCAAGAAGAGAAAGAAGGACAUACUGAACAGCAAAACCAAAACUCAGUAUUUCCAUCAAGAAAAAUGGAUCUAUGUUCACAAAGGAAGUACUAAAGAGCGCCAUGGGUAUUGCACUCUCGGGGAGGCUUUCAACAGACUGGACUUCUCAACCGCCAUCCUGGAUUCCAGAAGAUUCAACUACGUAGUAAGGCUGUUGGAACUGAUAGCAAAGUCACAGCUCACAUCCCUGAGUGGCAUCGCCCAGAAGAACUUCAUGAACAUCUUGGAAAAAGUAGUGCUGAAAGUCCUUGAGGACCAGCAAAACAUAAGACUCAUAAGGGAACUUCUUCAGACCCUCUACACGUCCUUAUGCACACUGGUCCAGAGAGUGGGCAAGUCUGUGCUCGUGGGCAACAUUAACAUGUGGGUGUAUCGGAUGGAGACCAUUCUACACUGGCAGCAGCAGCUGAGCAGCAUCCAGAUCACCAGGCCUGCCUUCAAAGGCCUCACAUUCACGGACCUGCCUGUGUGCUUGCAACUGAACAUCAUGCAGCGGCUGAGUGAUGGGCGGGACCUGGUCAGCCUGGGCCAGGCAGCCCCAGACCUUCUUGUGCUCAGUGAGGACCGGCUGCUGUGGAAGAGACUCUGCCAGUACCACUUCUCAGAACGACAGAUCCGCAAGCGAUUGAUCUUGUCGGACAAAGGACAGCUGGAUUGGAAGAAGAUGUAUUUUAAGCUGAUCCGAUGUUACCCAAGGAGAGAGCAGUAUGGGGACACCCUGCAGCUCUGCAGACACUGCCACAUCCUCUCCUGGAAGGGCACUGACCACCCGUGCACAGCCAACAACCCAGAGAGCUGCUCCGUCUCGCUCUCCCCCCAGGACUUCAUCAACUUGUUCAAGUUCUGAAUCCCGCCACUUGACGGCACUUCACAUGGUCCCCUCCACUCCCCGCUGAUCGGAUGGCUGGGAAUUCAGAGACUUCAUUUGUAAAUAGUGUACAUUGUAAGCACUGGCUUGAAACUUGUGAACGAAGUCACUGAGAAGAUGUCGGAGGGAAGAGACGAAGCUGCCAAUAGGAAUUACAAAUGUGAACUUCACACUAGAACUGGUACGGAAAAGCAGAAAUACUGUAAAUAGACUUUUUUCCCCCAAGACUUUGCCAGUGAGACUAUAAGGGCGAGAACUCUAUGUCUGCCGUGAAAACGGAGUCCUCCUGAUGUUCAUGGAAACUUCCUAGUUCCCUAGGAAGAAAAAAACACAAAACUCAAAUACAAGACAGAACAUUCUGUUUACAAUGUGAUAGUGUUGUUAAGACAAAAUGAGAAAGACGGAGAAUGAACGCUACAACUGAGGAAUCCUUGGGCUUGGGGUUUGGAUUUGGGAUUUGUUUUGAACAGGCAAAGAAGUCCACCCAUCCAUCGGACACCUACGCAGGCAUAAGGCCUUAUCCUACGAAGAUGCCACACAAUGGUCUACCUCUAAAAGCGUAGCGUGCUCUCUGGCAGCGUGCAUUAUCUAGCGGGCAAUGUCUGUGUUUCAUGUAAGUUCUUUCAUCUAUGAGGAGGUCUCAGAUGGGAAGGCUACUAG